AUGGAAACAACACUACUUCUAGAGGCCAAACAUUUGAGAGAUAAUAGAAGGACAGAAGCUGCAUCUUUGCCUGUUGUUAUAGAUCAUUUUUAUCACCAUAUGUCAUGCACCAAUUUUUUCAUACUUGAAUACUACUCUCAUGGUUCAUUGGAGAAUUUAUUGGCCAAGAUCCACCCGAUUCCUCUUCACAGGCAACAUAUGGCAAAAAUUAUACACGGAGUUGCAAUGGGGAUAUACUUUUUGCAUACGCAGUCCAUUUAUCAUGGCAAUAUUUGUACUGCAAAUAUUUUGGUUGAUGAGCAAAUGAAUGCUCGCUUAAGUGGUUUUUCUAAGGCUCAAGAAGUAACUCCAAAUAUGAAUGCAAAUACGCAGUUGCCUACGUAUGCAGCACCUGAAUGCCUGGACCCAAAGGCUGCACCACUACCGCAAGAUAUGUUUGCGAUCGGAAUCGUAUUAUAUCGAUGUAUGAUUGGUCACAUGCCAAAACGCAAGGCAAAUAAUGGAGGGAUUGAUUUUAGCGGAUUGAAGGAGUCUUUAUCAAUUCCAAUUGACCCAAAAAUAUGGUGUACUACACAACUCCUCGUAUCGGAACACACGAAUAUGAGACAGACGGCAGGUCAAUUAUUGCAUACUUCCUGGAUUGAAGAUGCUACAAAGACUCCGUUAACACAGCUUUUCAAUUGGGAUACUUGA